AUAAAAAUAUAUUUAAAUAUAUUGUAGUGAUAUUUUUGUACUUAAAAAAGUGGUUAUAAUUAUAUAAAAGUAGAAUUUUAAAAGUGUCGUUUGGAUAUUGAUUUUUGUUCUUUUUUUCUUCAUUGCAGUUUUGUAAUUUUAUUAUAUUUUUUUGAUUGAUUGUCGGAAGGAAGAGCAGAGAAUUAUAGAGAAUUUUGAAAAAGAUAAGGUUUAUUAUUAAUAUUAUUAUUGUGGAUAAUAAUUAAUAAAGGUGAAUAAUUGUGAAUAUAAAGAGGGGAAAAUUGUAAUAGUUUUUUUUUUUUUUUUUGGGUUAAUGGGAGAUUUUGUUUUUUUAUAAAUUUUUCGAGCUUACCCGCAGUAAAUCGUCCCCAACUCGUACAAGAAAAAAAAACUUUUCAGAAAAAUGGAUCUCCCCGGGCCAGUAGAAAGUGGCCGUAACUUCCGGCUGCUUUCCGAAGAAGAGCUACCUCAGCUUCUAGACUUCCUGAAUGGCUACUUACCCGAAUCACUCAAGUUUCACCAAACAGUAUUGACGUAUAUGAAAAACAAGGUAUGGGAAUUUAACUUUUACGUGGCAAACGACUGGCCGGAGGUACCAGUGUGCUUGCACUUCCCUGGUAUGACUCUGUCGCCCCACGGUCUCUUGUACGAGAGCUUCGGUGUUUAUUGUCCGACGGACAAGCUGGAGCAUCUGACCCUUCUGCGCGAGGAGGACAUACUGAUUGACUGGUCUCGGCCAUUAUACAUAAACUUUAUUCAUUGUGAUAUUGCUGACGAAUUGUUUCGUCUGUACAACGACGUCGGUGCAAUCGACCGCGUACUCGGUGACGUCUGGGCGUACCGGAACUUCGAGGAGGAUGACAGCGGCGACGGAAGCUCAUUCGUAGCUGCACAGGAAGACUCUUUGGAGCCCCAGCCGGGCAAGGGCGAUGGAGACGAUGUACAGGUGCUACCUCUUAACGCGGAGCACGCGGAGGGGAUACACGAAUUAUAUCCGGCCAAUGACAUGGAGUGCCAUGAACUCUUUCUCAGGCUCAUCAGAAUCCUUCCAGCAGGUGGCGUUUUUGUUAAUAAUAUUCUCGCGGCUUGGAUGAUACAGUCAUACUAUGGCGCGAUGUUCUCUAUGCAGACUAAACCAGAGUUCAGAAGAAAGGGUUAUGGUACACGAUUAGCUAGGUUCCUGACAAAAGUAGUAUCCGAACGCGGGUACAUUCCGUUCGUAGUAAUACGUCCCGAGAACGAAGCAAGUCAGAGUUUAUACAAAAAAUUAGGCUUCCAUAAACUAUACCAGACCGUCAGAGCGACGAUGAUUCCUUACGGGUGGGAGGAGGAGGAGGAGGAGGAGGAAGAGGAGAACAAGCUCGAGCAAGUACAAAAAGAAACCGAUUGUGAGAAGUUCGAGAACAUAGUGCGCAAGCUAAGGCUUGAGGAGCGCGUCCUAGACGCCCUGGUGACCGAUAAUGACGAGCAGACUGUUGUACCGACCGCCGGUCAAACAGACGACGAUGACAACGAUCCGACGAUACUCGAGACCUCUGACUCUCCCAAAGGAGAGGAUGACGACGAGAUUCUCGACGGAGAAAACGGAUAUGGAAAGUGUCAUGAUGAUGCUCUUGAACCGAUCGAGGAAAAUAUCGAUCAAGAGGAUGUCGAAAAAGUUGAUUGUGAUAGUGGUUAAUUUUUAUUAUUUUAUUAUCUAAUUUUUUCUUUUAAAAAUGCAUGAAUUUUUUUUAUACCGAUACCGAGAUCUGAAAUAUAUGUAUACUGACUAAAUUUGUCGAUGGUCGGUAAUAAUUAUCAAUGAUAUUAAAUAAAAAUCUAAAAAAAGUUUUUUCUUGCUGAGCUUAUGUUGAAGUUUUAAAUAAAAAUUUCUUACCGAUCUCGGAAUCGAUACCGAUCUCCAC